GACUUCAUUCACCCGGUGGCAUCGAAAGAGAGAAGUUCAAUCUAUUUUGCUAGAUGUCUGAAGAGGAUUAUUCCUGUAUUGUUUAGCCCAAUACAUUAUUAACAGCUGGAGCCACAACUUCAGAAGGUCAAAGAAUAAUGUGCUCUGUUCACCUUAUUUGAUCUGGGUUGCUGAGCCAAAUAAAUUGUUUGCCAGUGCUGUGUUAAGCACUCUCUGGAUUUCCCUUAUUCCUGGGCUUGAACUUGCCUUCAUCUCUUAUUCCCAUUUGCCUUCAGACAUCAAAGCACAGAAACAGCCAUGGGCUGUUUUUGUGCAGUCCCGGAGGAGUUCUAUUGUGAAGUUCUGCUUCUGGAUGAAUCCAAAUUGACCUUAACCACUCAGCAGCAGGGGAUAAAGAAGUCAACGAAAGGGUCGGUUGUCCUAGGCUACGUAUUCCGGCAUUUAAACCUUGUGGAGAUAGAUUACUUUGGACUCCGUUACUGUGACAGAAGUCACCAGACGUACUGGCUGGAUCCUGGAAAGACUCUUACAGAACAUAAGGAACUCAUAAACACUGGUCCACCAUAUACCUUGUAUUUCGGAGUUAAAUUCUAUGCAGAGGAUCCUUGCAAACUAAAGGAAGAAAUUACCAGGUAUCAGGUAUUUUUACAAGUGAAACAAGAUCUCUUGCAAGGCCGCUUGCCUUGUCCUUUCAACAUUGCUGCUCAGCUGGGAGCUUAUGCAAUACAAUCUGAACUUGGAGAUUAUGACCCAUACAAGCACACUGCUGGCUAUGUAUCAGAAUACCGCUUUGUUCCAGACCAGAAAGAAGAAUUAGAAGAUGCUAUAGAACGGAUACAUAAAACUCUGGUGGGCCAAGUUCCUGCUGAGGCAGAAAUGAAUUACUUAGGGGUGGCAAGAACACUCGAAAUGUAUGGAGUUGAUCUUCAUCCUGUCUAUGGUGAAAGCAAAUCUGAAUAUUUUCUAGGAUUAACACCUGUUGGAGUGGUUGUUUAUAAAAAUAAAAAGCAAGUUGGAAAAUAUUUCUGGCCUAGAAUUACAAAGGUCCACUUCAAGGAAACUCAAUUUGAACUCAGAGUCUUGGGAAAAGAUUGUAAUGAAACCUCCUUCUUUUUUGAAGCACACAGCAAAACUACAUGCAAAAAUUUAUGGAAGUGCUGUGUAGAACACCAUACAUUCUUCAGAAUGCCUGAAAAUGAGUCUAGUUCUAUAUCAAGAAAACUUGGCAAGCUCGGAUCCUUUGGUUAUAAGCAUCGGUACAGUGGGAGAACAGCUUUGCAAAUGAACAGAGACAUGGACAUCCAGCUUCCUCGACCUGACCAAACUGUUGAAAGAAGCCGCAGCAAGACUUAUCCAAAAAGAACAGCAAAAACACAACAGAUUGGAUCACAUUGUACAAACCAGGUUGUUAUACACAAAGAGACUGGAGAAAAUGAACAAACUACCAGGAUUAUGGCCCCCUCACCAAUAAAAAGUUUUAAGAAAUCAAGAAAUGAAAGCAGCCCAGAAACCCAAAGAAGUAAACAUAAUGCACCAUGGGAAGAAAACGGCUCUCAGAGUGGGCUCUAUAAUUCUCCCAGUGACCGUAACAGAUCACCAAAGUUUCCCUAUUCACGACGACGGCACCUUUCAGGUGGGAGUGAAAAUGAACCUGGCCAGCCACUUAGAAGGAGAUCACGAUCCCGUUGUAAUACCAGCAGUGGUAGUGAAUCAGAAAACUCUAACAGAGAACAUCGGAAGAAGAGAAACCGGUUACGGCAGGAAAAUGAGAUGGUUGAUUCAGCUCCUCAGUGGGAAGCAGUGCUGAGGAGACAGAAAGAGAAAAACCAAUCUGACCCCAGCCAUCGGCGAUCCAGGCACAGAUCUCGCUCGAGAAGUCCAGAUGUGCAAGCAAAGGAAGAAUUAUGGAAACACAUUCAGAAGGAACUCGUGGAUCCAUCUGGCCUCUCUGAGGAACAAUUAAGAGAGAUUCCUUACACCAAAGUAGAGACUCAAGGUGACCCUGUUCGCAUUAGGCACUCCCAUUCUCCUCGGAGCUAUCGUCAGUCUCGACGGUCCCAGUGUUCUGAUGGAGAGAGAUCCGUUCUUUCAGAAGUGAACUCUAAAAUGGACCUUGUGCCUCCAUUACCUGUAACUCGCUCUUCAGAUGCUCAGUACUCCACCAUCUCAGUAUCUCACCAGAAGAGAAACGGGUCUAAAGACAGCUUGAUAGAAGACAAGGCACACACAUCCAUUAACAACCUGGAUGGAAAGCAUAGCACAAAGACAAUAAAAACUGUACAAGCAUCACGACUCAAGAUGGAGACCUGAUUCCAGUGAGUGCUGAAUGGAUGCCACUCCUUGAAUUUGUGAAUUUCGUCAGAAGAUAAGAAUCACAAAAGAGCAUUUGAACUGCUGCUUCAUUGCUCUGGAACAGACACUUUUUUCUCCUUCAGCCAUUCCCAUCUAAAGCACUGGACAUAAGUCAGCUGCUGACAUGUUAGCAGUCCUUAUGGUAGAAAAGCCUGUUUUGAAAAGCAAUAGCCAUCAGCUACUACAUUUCCAAAACCAGAUCAGAUGAAAGUUUAUCAUGACAACCUAGUAACUUAAGAAUUACUUCACUUCAAGAGUGACAGUGUCAAUUAAAAUAUUGAAGGUUUGAUGCUUUUUCUAAACGUGCAAUAGUGAAUGUUUCUAAAUUCACUUAUUCAAUUUAUAUGCUGAACAGGAGCAGUAAUUCUUGUCUGUACUUCCCUAGCAAUAUACCAUAAUGCCAGUGUUUAAUAUUUUAUUAGAAUGUGACAAAAUGAGUUCUUCAUACAAGUAUUGGUUAUGGAGAGUGUUUUCCAACAAUUUUAUAUGCCGAUUUUCGAUGAACUCUUGUAUCUGGAUUUAGGCGUCUCUGCCUAAUUUGUAAUAGUGACACCAUUGCCAAAGCUCUUAGGGCACUUACCUCAUUCUGCAGCUUUGAAUGAGGCAUCCUGUUAUAGUGCAGAAUAUGAUAGAUUUUUAGAAAAGUAGGUUUAAAAAAAAAAGAAUACAUCUGAAGCACGCAUUGUAUUCUUUGAAACUUCCCUGGCUUUUUGCUCCAAUUGUUUUUUAAGCAAGCUGCCCCUUCAAAUGUUCCUAUACAUUCUAAUUGCUGGGAGUCUAAAUUGUCAACAAGAAGGCCCACAAGUGAGGUGUUAAGUGGAAAGGGAACUGAGACAAGUAAGGAGACACUGAUCAUUGCAGUAGUAGUUACUGUAGAAGAGGGAGUGCCUACAAACACUAAAGCCCCACCAAGUAAUCAAUUCUGUUGCAAAGCGAGACAGAUACCAUGCAGCUCAGGAGAACAGAAUUUAGACCAAAAUGGGAUCUGAGCAAAGCCCUUAA